GCGGCGGCCCGGGACUCGGGCGGUGAGCGCCGUGGAACGCCGCUCCCUCCCCGCCCGUCUGCGGCGUUCCGUGGGGCUCGCCGUGGCCGGGGGCCCCCGACACCGCAGGAUGUCAGUAAGAUGCCGCACUCAGCGACCUCCACACCUAGGUGUCUUAAACCUGCCUCAGGGUUGCACCCGAGUCACUUACUGAUCUGUAUGAUGUCCACCUGGUGACUUCAAAAAAUUUUUUACAAGCCAGCCAAGGGUUCUGCAGUGGGUAAUGUGGCCUGCCAAACUAUUUAGGUUUUGUGUGUGCGCCUCUUUGCGUUUAAGGAACCUAGUUUGAUUAGCUUAAGAGGACAGUGCCCAGUAUUGCCUCGCAAGAUGAGUAGUAAUUUUUUUUUGAAUCACUUCCGAAGUAGUUUGAACUAAUAAUAGCCGUAGGUCUGAUUGGCAGGAGGAGAAGAUGUGAGAGGAGGCCGUUAUCUUGACACUAACGUGCUGCGUUUUUAAUCUCACGAGAACCUGUCAACGCUUCAUCUACUUUUGUUUGUUCACUGUGUAGCCCAGGACUGAGCUUUUGAAAUACUACAACCAUGACUAAAAGAGAAGCAGAGGAACUGAUAGAAAUUGAGAUUGAUGGAACUGAGAAGCCAGAGUGCACAGAAGAAAGCAUUGUAGAACAAACUUACACCCCAGCUGAAUGUGUAAGCCAAGCCAUAGACAUCAAUGAGCCAAUAGGAAAUUUAAAGAAACUACUAGAACCAAGACUACAGUGUUCUUUGGAUGCUCAUGAAAUUUGCCUACAAGAUAUCCAGUUGGAUCCAGAACGAAGCUUAUUUGACCAAGGAGUAAAGACUGAUGGAACUGUACAGCUUAGUGUACAGGUAAUUUCUUACCAAGGAAUUGAACCAAAGCUAAACAUCCUUGAAAUAGUUAAAACUGCAGAAACUGUUGAGGUAGUUAUUGAUCCAGAUGCACACCAUGCUGAAGCAGAAGCACAUCUUGUUGAAGAAGCCCAAGUGAUAACGCUUGAUGGCACAAAACACAUCACAACCAUUUCAGAUGAAACCUCAGAACAAGUGACAAGAUGGGCUGCUGCACUGGAAGGUUAUAGGAAAGAACAAGAACGCCUUGGGAUACCCUAUGAUCCUAUACAGUGGUCCACAGACCAAGUCCUGCAUUGGGUGGUUUGGGUAAUGAAGGAGUUCAGCAUGACUGAUAUAGACCUCACCACACUCAACAUUUCUGGAAGAGAAUUAUGUAGUCUCAACCAAGAAGAUUUUUUUCAGCGAGUCCCUCGGGGAGAAAUUCUCUGGAGUCAUCUGGAGCUUCUUCGAAAAUAUGUGUUGGCAAGCCAAGAACAACAAAUGAAUGAGAUAGUUACAAUUGAUCAACCUGUGCAGAUUAUUCCAGCAUCAGUGCAGUCUGCUACACCAACAACCAUUAAAGUUAUAAAUAGUAGUGCAAAGGCUGCUAAAGUACAAAGAGCUCCAAGGAUUUCAGGAGAAGAUAGAAGCUCACCUGGGAACAGAACAGGAAAUAAUGGUCAAAUCCAGCUGUGGCAGUUUUUGCUAGAACUUCUCACUGACAAGGAUGCUCGAGACUGUAUUUCUUGGGUUGGUGAUGAGGGCGAGUUUAAGCUAAAUCAGCCUGAACUGGUUGCACAAAAAUGGGGACAGCGCAAAAAUAAGCCUACAAUGAACUAUGAGAAACUCAGUCGUGCGUUAAGGUAUUAUUAUGAUGGAGACAUGAUUUGCAAAGUUCAAGGCAAGAGAUUUGUAUACAAAUUUGUCUGUGACUUGAAGACUCUUAUUGGAUACAGUGCAGCAGAAUUGAACCGUUUGGUUACAGAAUGUGAACAGAAGAAACUUGCAAAGAUGCAGCUCCAUGGAAUUGCGCAACCAGUCACAGCUGUAGCCCUGGCUACUGCUUCUCUACAAACAGAAAAGGAUAAUUGAGGCCCAGGACUUUCUGGGAGGCUAAGGUCUUUCUUAAAUACUUAGAGCAAGCAUUGCUCUUACCUUUAUUACUGAAUUUGAAUCCUCUUUUAUUUCUAGAUUGUACAAUCUGAUGCAUGAUUUUUUUAUAAAUAUUUCAUACUCUUGUGAAUUUGGAUCUUUUUACUUUGAGCAUAUAUUUUAGAAAACAUGUAUGUUAAAGGAUCACCACGAUGUCCGCAGCAUGAGAGCAGCUUCAUUGUGGGGUAGUUUGUUAACAGUCAGGAAAAGCUAAACUGGUCAGUAUUAUUGUCUAGCCCUACCAAAAAUAACCAGUAGCAUCUGAAGAUAAAAAUAAAUGAGAUAUCUACAGGAAACAGUCUGGCUUAACUAUUUUUGAAAAUAUAACUGUUUCCCCUCUGCUACUUUAGAUGUUGCUUUACAUAGAACCAGAAAAUGGAAUUGCUCAGCUAAAGCAUGUGUGCCUGUUUCAUCUAAUCAAGCAGAGCUAAAAUGUUGAUAUAGAAUAAAAUUAUAGUAGUAUUAACAAAUUACUAAACUAAGAGUAUCAGUUUAUUAAAGUAAUUUAUAUAUCUGCAAGUAAAGGAUAAUAAGUUGACUGGCAAAAGAGCAGUGCUGAAGACAAAGAUCCAGGUUUAAAUCUGGCUUACCUCAAGCCAUUGUUAAUGGUUUUCUAGAUUAUUCAUUAUGCCAGGCCAGGAAUUUAAAUUAUUUUGAGAGAGGCAUUUAAUUCUAAUAAACCAACUAUUGCAAAAAUUCUGAAAUGAUCUCUGUUUUUCCUGUCAGAGAUUUAAAAAACUAAAAUGUAUACCUCAGCCAGAAAAUAAGUUAGGUUUAGUUUGGUAUGACUUCCUUUUUUAAAAAAAAAAAAAAAAAAAUUUAAUAUGUAGUGCCAGUUUAUUAUGCAACACUGCUUAUAUAUUCCUGUAUUUCUGAUAAAAUUAAUACUUUAGUUCAGACAACAGUACUUUCUUUACCUUUCAAGAUGUUAGUAAAUUACUUGCAAAUAGUUAUAAAAGGGAAAGUUUACCUCCCUUAUAGGCAGUCUUCUCUCAAAACUUCCCAUUUUAAAAUUGUUUUCUUUUGAAUUUUAUAUUUGUGUGACUUUAAGUAUCUAUAUACAUGUCCAGUUGACCACUUUAUACAUAUUCACAUAUAAUAUGAAGGCAUAAAGAUACUCAAAAGGGAGAUUUAUUAAAUAAUUUAUUUUUAAAAUCUUUAAAAUUAAAUAAUUUUUAUGUGAAAUUCCUUCUUACAAACUAACACUAAACAAAUGGCUAGAAAAGUCUGUCUUUUUUCUUGUUUUUAAGGUAUUACACAUGAAUCAUGAUGAGAGCGAGGCAGAUACCUUUUAUAGCAGAAGGUUGAUCCUCAGACAUUACUUGAUACAUCUCCCUCUUUAUUCAUUUAAAUUCAUCUCCCACCCUCCUUCACCGCCCCCCCCCCUUCCCUGCCGAACAGCUUUAGAAGAGCUCAGUUGAUGAUGGUGAUUUGGAGGGAAGGGCCGAGGCAGUACUGCCAGUGCUCAGAGUGGUUUGGAACGAAUCAUAAGAGCAGGAAUCUUAAGGUUGAGGAAGAGAAGAGGGAUCUCUGAUUUCCUUCUCCAGUAACCUUAAAUUUUAAAUACUGUGAUACAGGACUUCAGCAUGUAUUGUACAUUUAUAUGUACUAAGUCCUUUAAGAUUCUGCAGUAAAUACCUAAAAAGAGUAAAAUUUCUAUCUUUCAUUUUUACUUUUUAUAAACACGGACAAUAAAACUAACAAAUUAUUAGCACAAUUUGGGCACUGUGAUUUUAAGAAUGUUCAAAUAGAAUAUUAAAAUAUGAAAUAAUAUAUAGAAGUCCUAAUUUCAGAUAAAAAAUAAGUAGCAAUAAAGAAUGUUUUGUACCAUACUCUUUAAGG